AGUGAACUUCUGCGCUCUGCUCGCUGUCAUGCAGGUGGAAUUCAGUCCAACCGAGUGAUUCAGUCAACAUCAGGACAGACAUCCAGUUUGAAGAGAGCUUCUGUCCAACCCUGACUUCAUCUCCGAGCAUCACAUACACAGUUUACCUCAACACAGACAUGGCAUCAUCAGCACGACCGAGGGAUUUGAACAGCAAGCAGAUCGGAUGCAUUUAAACGACGAAUCUUCAGAGAGACUCGCAUGAUGCUCAGGUUGUCUGUCUUUCCCACGGAUAUAGGCUGCGUUUGGGAAAGAAAACAGUCGUGUGAAUGUUUAGAAUAUUAAUAAGUAGAUCCUUUAAUCAUGGAGGAGAGCAAUACCUGUGAGUCAGUCCCAGAUUUAAAGGAUCUGGAGUUAAAAGUGGGGAGAAAGACCCCAGAGGGUCUCCUGAAGUGGAUGAGAGAGGACCACAAAAUGACCUCUCAUCAUCAGACAGACAAUAAUGAGACAGAGAAGAAAGGACUGGAUGAGAAGAUCCGAAAACUUAAAAUGGAGAUGGCUCAUCUACGAGCAGCAGACGUCAAGAUCUUGAACCAGUUGCUAGCACUGCAUGAGGGCAUCGAGGCAGUGAAAUGGCUCCUGGAAGAGCGUGGCACGCUCACUAGCCACUGCAGUAGCCUGACCAGCAGCCAGUACAGCUUAGGGGAAGGUCCUGACACCUCCUGGAGAGGCAGCUGGAGCAGUCUGCAGGACCCACAUGACAAGUUGGACAACAUUUCCAUUGGCAGCUAUCUGGACACAUUAGCUGAUGAUCUAGAUGAGUACUGCCCCUCCAGUGGGACUGAUUCAAAACUGUGUGCCGCCCCUAUAGGGACAGAUGGCUCCAGAAGUACUGGAGGAGGCAUGGGCAGUUCCACUGGAUCUGUAAUCAGAUCUCCACAAGUCAAAUCCGAUGCUCUUAAAGAAGAAGCUCAGGUUUGGAAUAAAGCGUCUGAGACAGCGAGACCAUACCAACCCAACAAGACCAAUGGAAUCCUGGACAAAUCAGUAAAGCAAAUGGUCAGCGCAGAUUCGGCCAGGGCCUGUCUCGCUGAGAAGCUGGGGAAGAGUCUGAGCCCUAAAGUGAAACCCUAUAAGAAUGGCAAAGUUGAGCUGGAGAGUUGCAAAAUGAAUGGCAAAGUUCAACUGGAGUAUGACGCACACUGGCGCUGGGUGCAGUCGCAGGAUGAUGUGACUUUUUUGUGAUACUAUAUGAUUAGGAAGCCAAAGGUGUUGUUGGAAGAUUUGUCAGGUCCUCUAUUCACCACUGAGCUUUUGUUUGCAGGCUUAGAGCUUUGAUUAUUUUGAGGUUAAGAGGUCAGAAAUGGAAAAGAAGCUUAGACCUGUGUGUGUGUGUGUGUGUG